GAGAAACCUGGGACCAUGCGGAGCAGCCUGACCCUGGCGGGGACCCUCUGGGCCUUCCUGUCCCUUGUUACCGCUGUGGCCAGUUCUACCAGUUACUUCCUGCCUUACUGGCUCUUUGGAUCCCAGCUGGGGAAGCCAGUGUCAUUCAGCACAUUCCGGAGGUGCAACUACCCUGUGAGGGGAGAGGGGCAGAGUCUGAUCAUGGUGGAAGAGUGUGGGCGCUAUGCCAGCUUCAAUGCCAUCCCAAGCCUGGCCUGGCAGAUGUGCACAGUAGUGACAGGUGCCGGCUGUGCUCUGCUGCUCCUGGUGGCACUGGCUGCUGUCCUAGGCUGCUGCAUGGAGGAACUCAUCUCCAGAAUGAUGGGACGUUGCAUGGGAGCCGCACAGUUCGUGGGAGGACUGCUGAUAAGCUCAGGCUGUGCAUUAUACCCCUUGGGAUGGAAUAGCCCAGAGAUAAUGCAAACAUGUGGGAAUGUCUCCAAUCAAUUUCAGUUAGGUACCUGUCGGCUUGGCUGGGCAUACUACUGUGCUGGAGGUGGCGCAGCUGCAGCCAUGUUGAUCUGCACCUGGCUCUCUUGCUUUGCUGGAAGACACCGCAAGCCUGUCAUGUUGGUGGAGAGCAUCAUGAGGAACACCAAUUCUUAUGCCAUGGAGCUUGACCACUGCCUCAAACCUUGAGCUUUAGCAGAAGAUUGGAGAGGGUGGGAAAGAGGAGGGAAGGGAGCCUUGAAAAGAGGUACUAAGACGAGGCCAGUUCCUACCCACUUGCCAGUAGUGUAACCCAGUGUUUGCAUGCUUUUUAACUCCCCAGUCAUUCAUUUUCGGUUUCCCUUAAACCAGUGGGUCAGUGGCUAUUUACAAAAUUCAUCAAGAACAAUAAUUCUCAGACUUCCCUGGCGGUCCAGUGGUUAAGACUUCGUGCUUCCAAUGCAGGGGGCGUGGGUUCGAUGCCUGGUCGGGGAACUAAGAUCCUACGGUGUGGCCAAAAAAAAGAAAAAUAAUUCUCUCUAAUGUUUACCUAGCUGGUGAGUGCCCACUAGCCCCCAACUCCCAAAGUGCUCCUUCAUACAAAAUGAUAAGAAAGAUCCUCAGUUGAGAGGUAACUGCACAGUCAAGCAGCUCUUCAGAGCUCUACAGCUCCUAUCACUUACCCCAAAGCUUAAAGUUUGGGUAAAAACACUUGUGCAUGAAGGGGCCAUGAGAUGG